GUUAGGGCUUCAACAACUGAUGAUCCUAUCGGAGGGUUCCCAGUGAGAGGUUUGAGAUUCACCAACUAAUCGUCCUCAAUUCCAAAGCUAUUUUAUUACGUGCACUUCUUCAAGACGUCGGUAGUUGGAGCCAAGCAAAGGAGAAUUUCUGAAGUUGGCAGGCUUUUAAGAGAGGCAAGAUAGAAGUUGUUGACUCAAGAUUGUAAAUGUGACACAAGCGCCUUCGGAACAAACGGAAGAAGAGCAGGCAAUCGCCACGGUGCAUCUAUCGGUAGCGGAUUUCCGAAGUGCUGACUGCAACUGUGUUCUAUCAUUCUGAGUGAAAGAUCCGGGCAGUGUGAGGAGGGAAGCGUUACGUUGGCCGGUGGUUUCAGACGGGCCAACAGCCUUCAGCUGCCGCUUGGCUGUUUCGUCCACAAGGUGUCCGGGGAGGGAAGAGGUGGUCAGCCCCUGGCCUGUUGAACCACUGCUACACAGAGAGAUCUGAAGAGGUGGUCAGCCCCUGGCCUGUUGAACCACUGCUACACAGAGAGAUCUGAAGAGGUGGUCAGCCCCUGGCCUGUUGAACCACUGCUACACAGAGAGAUCUGAAGAGGUGGUCAGCCCCUGGCCUGUUGAACCACUGCUACACAGAGAGAUCUGAAGAGCUGGCCAGUCAGCGGAGCAGGACUAGUAAUAGAGACUACUGUGUGUGUUGUGCAGAGUGGAGCUUCUCACACUCGCGGAGAGGGAGGAGGCGCGCACACGUGCACGCAUUCCCCCCGCCUCUGCGCACACACUCAGACGGGGAGAGCGAGAGAGAGAGAGAGCGGGAGUUGAGAGGAGGCUGGAGCCUGGGGGACUUCCCUCUCAUCUGUAACUCAGCAGCAGUGGAGACGCACCAUGGAGGUGCUGUGGGAAGGAGAGCACUGCCGUCGGAGCCUUUUCCUCCUGCUUGGACUGUUGUCUCUACCCACCUACUGGACCUACGCUAACGUUCUGGACGGGAUGCUGCUCCGAGGCUCGGGCAGGGCGGCCGUGGAGAGUGGGAAGGAGGACGGUGGGAGCAUGGCUCCAGUGUUACCCCUGCGCCUCCUUUGGUGUUACUGUCAUCACCACUGUCCUGAGGAUUCUACCAAUAACACCUGCAGGACGGAUGGCUACUGCUUCACCAUGAUAGAGGAGGAAGAAGGCGCGGUCCCGAUCCUGACCUCAGGGUGUCUGGGCCUGGUGGGCUCUGAGUUCCAGUGUCGGGACACAGGCAACUCCCGACUGAGAAGAGCCCUGGAGUGUUGCACUGAUCAAGACUACUGCAACAAAGACCUCCACCCCACUCUGCCCCCAGUUAAAACACCCAAUUACGUGGAUGAGAACAUUCACCAUAUGGCACUGCUGAUCUCUGUCACCGUCUGCAGCAUCAUUCUGGCUCUCACCAUCAUCUUCUGCUACUUCAGGUACAAGCGCCAGGAGUCUGGGCCUCACUAUAGUAUUGGUUUGGAACGGGACGAGUCUUUCAUCCCUCCUGGAGAGUCUCUCAAAGACCUGAUAGAACAGUCUCAGAGCUCGGGCAGCGGCUCGGGCCUCCCCCUGCUGGUGCAGCGCACCAUAGCCAAGCAGAUCCAGAUGGUGAAGCAGAUUGGUAAGGGUCGCUACGGGGAGGUGUGGAUGGGCAAGUGGCGAGGAGAGAGGGUGGCUGUCAAGGUGUUCUUCACCACCGAGGAGGCCAGCUGGUUCAGGGAGACGGAGAUCUACCAGACGGUCCUCAUGAGGCACGAGAACAUCCUGGGCUUCAUCGCGGCCGACAUCAAGGGCACGGGGUCGUGGACCCAGCUCUACCUGAUCACCGACUACCACGAGAGCGGCUCCCUGUACGACUACCUCAAGUCCACCACGCUGGACACCAAGGCCAUGCUGCGGCUGGCCUACUCCUCCGUGUCGGGCCUGUGCCACCUCCACACGGAGAUCUUCGGCACGCAGGGCAAGCCGGCCAUCGCUCACCGGGACCUGAAGAGCAAGAACAUCCUGGUGAAGAGGAACGGAGCCUGCUGCAUCGCAGACCUGGGCCUGGCCGUCAAAUUCAUCAGUGACACCAACGAGGUGGACAUCCCUCCCAACACCAGGGUGGGAACCAAGCGCUACAUGCCCCCCGAGGUCCUGGACGAGACUCUGAACAGAAGCCACUUCCAGUCCUACAUCAUGGCCGACAUGUACAGCUUUGGCCUCAUUCUGUGGGAGAUGUCUCGCCGCUGUGUCUCGGGAGGUAUAGUUGAGGAGUACCAACUACCGUACCAUGACCUAGUGCCCUCUGACCCAUCGUAUGAGGACAUGAGAGAGGUGGUCUGCAUCAAAAGGUUACGACCUUCCUUUCCCAACCGUUGGACCAGUGAUGAGUGCCUUAGGCAGAUGGGCAAGCUGAUGACGGAGUGUUGGGCCCCGAACCCGGCCUCUCGUCUCACAGCACUUCGCGUCAAGAAGACCCUGGCCAAGAUGUCGGAGUCCCAGGACAUCAAACUGUGACAGCGGGGGGGUGGGGACAACAUUCAAGGCGUGUGGGAAACACGUCACCGCGGUCAGAAAGCCAGUGCUCGGUUACCGCCCUGCCCACAGUCCUCUACCCCACGGGGCGUGGUCAGGAGGUCCAGAAGCAAGGAGGACGCGUCCCAAAGAUUAAUCCUGGGCUAUGGUUCCUCAGAGAGGAGGAGGAACACACUGUGGAACCCGCAGAAACCCCUGGAACUGUCAUUAAGAAUUUCUGUUUAGAGACCGAAGACAUGAGGCAGGUAGUGGCUUUCAAAGCAACCUGGCGCCAUUUUGUUUGGCUGGGCAGCUGCAUGGACAAAGAGACUAGACGCAACGUGGGUUUUACUUUCUGCUUUCUGUGAAAGUUUCAAAUAGUGGGCCAGUGGUGGCCGGAUGGAAGAGGGAGAGCUGCAGGAAGAGGGUAGAGGGCGACCCCUUGAGGCACAUCGCAGGAUGACAGCUGGAGGAAUCUGACGACAACCCCAAGGCAGUGUUGAUUUAAGCUUUCUUGUAUGUUUUCAUUAGUGCAUACCGUAGAGAAAUGUUUUGCACUGGAAAACCAUUUACAAAAAAAAGACUUCUCAUUGAAUAAUUACUUGACCAAUUGGACAAUUACUUGUGUAUGAAGUGAAGGGCAAUUUUGUUCAUAAUAGGUAGGUUGUAAAGAAUGAUAUACUAAUUCACUAGGGCCUCAUUUGGAAAUGUUUCUUUGCACACUUUAUAAAAAAAGCUUCUACACAUUACUGUGUAAAAUACACUUUAUUUUUCUAUGUUUUGGUGACAUGGACAGCUAAAUAAAUUGCACAAUUCCAUAUUCAAGAUAAAAAAGUCCAGAUACGCACGUUUCCACAGAUGCACGCACAAAGCGUGAUGAAAUCCUGCUUUAAAACACGUUGACUGACGGACGGAUUUGACCCUAGCAGGAACGACGUAACGCCGGGAAAGGAGUGACCGCGUUUAGGCCCGCUCCGUCAACGCGUCACCCUCCUGACAUUUGGGUGAACUUCAACCCCUGUGGUGUAUUACAGUGCCGUCCGCAUGACUGUCAUCGUGCUGUCCUUGCCCUCUACUCUUUCUGACUCCGUCCAACCCGACCAUACCUGCUCCAAAAGAGAUGUGAAGGCCGUCCCUUUGCAGCUACUGUGCCCUUCCUCUGUCUGGAAGAGGGCAGACAUUUUGUGUCGGUGAUCUACAGUUGCCCCCUCUAUACAUUCAGUGUCCCUCUGACUAGAAGAGGAGGGCAGACAUUUUGUGUCGGUGAUCUACAGUUGCCCCCUCUAUACAUUCAGUGUCCCUCUGACUAGAAGAGGAGGGCGGACAUUUUGUGUCUGUGAUCUACAGUUGCCCCCUCUAUACAUUGUGUCCCUCUGACUAGAAGAGGAGGGCGGACAUUUUGUGUCGGUGAUCUACAGUUGCCCCCUCCAUAUAUUCAGCGUCCCUCUGACUAGAAGAGGAGGGCGGACAUUUUGUGUCGGUGAUCUACAGUUGCCCCCUCUGUAUUUUCAGUGGUCCCUCUGAGGUAGUGGCACGGUAAUGAAGGACUCGGUUGGUGUUGAUGUGUGUACAGAAUGACCCGCUUCCCCUCAGGGGUCUGUGCCUUAUUUAUCUUGUAAAGAGAUCUGUCUGGGGACACACACACACAGUCCUUAUUGUGUUGUAAAACAAUGUACUAGGCUUAACAUUCCCCCUAAUAAAAGUGUUCCCCUCUCUGGAUGUCUUCUCUAUUGUGGUGGUGGUGCAUGACUUUGUGGAGCGUGUGGAUGUUCUGUGACUGUAAUGGAUCCUUGCGUGGAGACGUCUUUGAGAACACGUCGAUAUGGUCUACUUUAAUGAUGCUUGUGUAUUGUCAGGAUGUUGUCUUUACUGCGUCCUUAAUGUCAUUUUUAACAUAU